CUUUCCUUUCUUUGUCUCUCAGAUCUUUCCCCCACUUUCUCAAAAAACUCUCUCACUACCGCUUUCUCUCUCUAUCCAUGUGAAUUUUUUUUUUAUUUUUUAUUUUUUAUUUUACAUUCAAAUAGGGCUUUCUACGAAAAGCCGCUGGGAUUCUCUUUCACUUUACCCUCCCCCCAAUUCGAAGAUCUGUCUAUGAAAGCUGCGUAAGAAUUUUUCGUUAUUCCCAUUUUCCCAGAAAAGAAAAAAAGAGAAAAAAAAGAAAAUUCCCAUUUUCCCAUUGUAUUUCCUGGAAAAUUUUAUGCUGUUCUCACGCAUCGUCAGAAAGCUUUGCUUUUUAGCUCUCUUAUGGUUUCCAAGGGCACGCUGAAUAUUGGGUUUCUUUAAUAUGUAAUAUCUUGGCUUGUUUCGAGGCACUGAUCUGAUCUCCAGGGUUUUUCCUUUGUUCUGGAACAUCUUACCAUUUCUGUGCAUUUGGGAUUGAACUAUUUUGAGGUUAUAUCUUAGGGUUUUUAGGACUUUCCUAGAUGGAUAAAGACAAGUCUUCUGGCCAUGGUGGAGGUUUACCGCCUCCAUCAGGACGGUAUUCGGGCUUCUCGCCUUCUGGAAAUAGUUUCAAUGUGAAAUCUGAGCCAUCCUCGUCGGCUUCGUUUCCGCCAUUGGCCCCGGGUGCUACUUCUGACUUGGGUCAUUUUGGUCAUGGAAUGUCCACUGAUUCUGGUCGCUUUAGCCAUGAUCUUAGCAGAAUGCCAGAUAACCCACCAAGGAAUUUGGGUCAUAGACGAGCCCAUUCGGAAAUCUUGACCCUUCCUGAUGAUAUUAGCUUUGAUAGUGAUCUUGGUGUAGUGGGUGGUGCGGAUGGACCUUCAUUUUCGGAUGAGACCGAGGAAGACUUGUUGUCGAUGUACCUUGAUAUGGAUAAAUUCAAUUCAUCAUCUGCUACAUCAGCCUUUCAAGUGGGCGAGGCAUCUUCUCAGGGAGCACCUUCGACUCUGGCAGGGGCGCCAGUUUCUGGUGCAGCUGAGAAUGUUGCCAUUGGUUCCAAUGAGAGACCCAGAGUUAGGCACCAACAUAGCCAGUCCAUGGAUGGAUCCACAACCAUCAAGCCAGAAAUGCUUGUCUCAGGUUCAGAAGACUUAUCUGCAGCUGAUUCAAAGAAGGCCAUGUCAGCAGCUAAGCUUGCAGAGCUUGCUCUAAUUGAUCCCAAGCGUGCUAAGAGAAUCUGGGCGAAUCGGCAGUCAGCUGCGAGGUCAAAGGAAAGGAAGAUGCGAUACAUUGCUGAGCUUGAACGGAAAGUUCAGACCCUACAAACGGAAGCAACUUCCUUGUCUGCUCAGUUGACUCUCUUGCAGAGAGAUACAAAUGGUCUUACUGCAGAGAACAGUGAAUUGAAAUUGCGCUUGCAAACAAUGGAGCAACAGGUCCACUUACAAGAUGCUUUGAACGAUGCAUUGAAAGAAGAAAUCCAGCAUUUGAAAGUUCUUACUGGCCAAUCUAUGGCAAAUGGUGGACCUAUGAUGAACUAUGCUUCUUUUGGUGGAGGUGGCCAGCAAUUUUAUCCUAACAAUCAUGUGCACACUCUUUUAACGGCACAGCAGUUUCAACAGCUCCAGAUUCAUUCUCAGAAACAUCAGCAUCCAUUUCAGCAACAUCAGCUGCAUCAACUUCAGCAGCAACAAAUGCAGCAGCAGCAGGAACAGCAGCCACAGCAACAAAGCGGGGACUUGAAAAUCAGAGGAACCAUGCCAUCCCCGAGCCAGAAAGAUAAUAAUGCAUCAGAUGCCAACUCAUCUGCAUCCAAGGAUUGUUGAGAGGAAUAUGCAUUAGGUUGGUCUUUCAGUCUUUUUGUUCAAAAUAGUAGUUGCUAUCUCACCACAUAGGGACAUUUCCUUCUUUCUUCUAUUAGCCCUCGUUUUCACUUUGCUUUUAGGUGCAUCUGCAUAACAUUAUUUGUAGGCUGUUCUAUACAUGAUUAGUUCAAGAUUGAAUUUGUUUGUUAUAUAUUUCUUUUGGUAUAGCUCAGGUACCUUGUUGUUGGUAUUCCUCUUUUUAAGUUUUAGAUUCUUAGCAGGUUUAUUGUA